GUGGUCAACAGUUCUGAGAUCCAAUGAAAACCAAUUAUCCGUUUCCUCAUACAUGACCAGGAAGAGAAAACCUACAGAAAAAUGCAGAGACAGAAAGCUUGCAAAUCCUGGAAAUGCUUUGCGUGCUGCGCCACUGCUAUUUUCUGUUCCCUUUGUUCUACGUUCUCUCCACAACCAAAUAUCCGGUUUACAGAGCCAAGUUGGCAUUCUGCUUGAGCGGCUGCAUACUGAAAGUUCUGAAUCGAAGGUGCUAGCAAAAUUCUCCAACCAAGUUCUUCAGAUUGCCAUUUCUUUAGACAAGCUCGCAGAUGGCUUAUCCGGUCUCCAUGGCAGCAGCGUUCCUCCCUUUAGCAACGAAUUAAGCAGCAUCCAUGAAGACGUAAUUGACACAGAAGAAACUGACGAUCAAGAAGGAUCAAUCCAGGGAAUGGUUUUAAGCUCAGGUGAGCUAAGGAAUUAUGCUUCAUUGAAACCAAGUAGGCUGAGUGGGAAGAAGAGUUUCCUAGGAGUGGAGUCCAUUAAUCCAUCAAUUGGAUUGGCCUGUACUAGAAUGGCCUCAAAUGUAGAUCGUUUCAUGAGCUACAAGAUCUAUGACAUUUGCCCUGAUGACUGGGACAUUGCUCAGAAGCUUAUCCUCAAUGGCUGCGAUCCAUUGCCCAGAAGAAGAUGCUUUUCAAGAACGCCACUUCGUUACACUAAACCAUUUCCUGUAAACUCUUCUCUCUGGAGAGGCUUCUUCAAGUGUGCAAGUUGCUUUGAUCUUUCAAAACGCGGAUGGGAAGUCCAGGAAAAAGAGUCAACUACAGCUGAAUUCACCAUUGAUGAAGUUCUACGAUUAAAGCCAGGUGAGAUCAGGAUCGGACUCGAUUUUAGCCCCACGACUGGAACGUUUGCUGCUCUUAUGAGGGAAAGAAAUGUGACUAUUGCUUCAGCUACCUUGAACUUGGGGGCUCCUUUCAAUGAAGUGAUUGCACUAAGAGGCCUCCUGCCUCUGUAUGUGUCAGUUGGGUCGAGAUUGCCUUUCUUUGAUAACACACUUGAUAUCAUUCAUUCUACCAUGUUCUUAGAUGGUUGGAUUGGGAUUGAACUUCUGCAAUUUGUUUUGUUCGAUUGGGAUUGGAUUCUUCGACCAAAGGGAAUUCUUUGGGUUGAUCGUUUCUUUUGUAAGAAGGAUGAUAUGAAACUGUACUUAGAAGAAUUCUCCAGGCUUGGCUACAGGAAGCUGCUAUGGAGGGUUGUACCCAAGACUGAUAAGCUUGAGGAUGAGCUUUUCUUCUCUGCUGUAUUAGAAAAACCUGUUAGAGGUUAAAUUCUCCUGGGUUCUUGAAACUGAGGCCUGAUAGCUGCUUGUAAAAUGAGUUCACAGAGAUGAAUUUUAACAAUUCAGUUAGAAACAUCAACGCAAUUCCUGACAUAUCUAGUUGUUCACUGCUCAGAUUUGAAUCUAGUUAUGGAAGGUAACAGAAAUAUCAACGCAACAGUCUACAUUG